GUACUCCGGCAGCAACUGGGGGGGGUGUGUUGAACUGAACUGGCUCCUUGGCACCUGGAUUCAGGGGCUGGGCACUGUUGCCCAAUGCAGUAAGCGUGGAAGACUCGUCACCCACCAAAAGCAGGGUCUGGCGAGGGUCCCGAAGCCCUCGGUUCUUUCAAGCAACACACACACAUGACGCAUGGUUCAGACAGUCAAUUCAAGCUUCAUCUUGUGCCUCAAUUGAUGCUGUGUCACCUGGUUGGUCUAUGCCUAUUCGAGCCUGUAACUGUUGCUGUCCAACAAAUUCCAAGUGUAAAAAGUUCCCGAAUAAAACUCCGUUUGGCGGAUGCUUUGCCUUUGCUCUCCAAUGUCACUCUGCUAUUGACAGUUCCUCACCUAUUGCUAGUACACCAAAAUGAAGCCUUUGAUCACUAAGACUGCGUGAGCACUUUAGCCAACCCUAUUCG